AGUAAGCCCGCCCACGCUGGAAGGAGUUGCAAGAAAUCUAUGCUUACCUGUCAGUUGUAGACACUGCUAAAUUCAUGUGUAAUAAUCCUGAAUUGGUUAUUUGUUAGCCGGACCCCUGUCCUGACAGGAGGAAGUAGGCUUUCUUGAGCUGUUUGCAGCAUUUGUUUAAGCAUGGACAGCCAGGGGAGGAAAGUGGUGGUCUGCGACAAUGGGACAGGGUUUGUCAAGUGUGGUUUCGCUGGAUCCAACUUCCCUGACCACAUCUUCCCUGCCAUGGUGGGUCGGCCGGUCAUACGAUCGAGCACCAAAGUGGGCAACAUCGAGAUAAAGGAUCUGAUGGUGGGGGACGAGGCCAGCGAAUGUCGCUCCAUGCUGGAGGUGUCAUACCCCAUGGAGAAUGGCAUGGUGCGCUGUUGGGAUGACAUGCUUCACCUGUGGGACCACACCUUUGGCCCCGAGCGCCUGGACAUCAACCCUUCAGAAUGCAAGAUCCUGCUGACUGAGCCACCCAUGAACCCCACCAAGAAUCGUGAGAAGAUUACAGAGGUCAUGUUUGAGAAGUACCAGUUCCACGGCAUCUACGUGGCAAUUCAGGCUGUGCUAACUCUAUACGCUCAGGGUUUGCUGACCGGUGUGGUUGUCGACUCGGGGGAUGGUGUCACCCACAUCUGUCCAGUGUACGAAGGCUUUUCUUUACCCCACCUCACACGCAGGCUGGACAUCGCCGGACGUGACAUCACACGGUACCUCAUUAAGCUCCUGCUCCUCCGUGGUUACGCUUUCAACCACUCGGCUGACUUUGAGACAGUGCGUAUGCUGAAGGAGAAACUCUGCUAUGUGGGAUACAACAUCGAGCAGGAGCAGCGUCUGGCCACAGAGACCACCUACCUGGUGGAGUCCUUUACUCUCCCUGACGGCCGGCAGGUGAAGGUGGGUGGAGAGAGGUUUGGGGCUCCUGAAGCCCUCUUCCAGCCUCACCUCAUCAACAUUGAGGGAGCAGGAGUGGCUGAGCUGCUGUUUAACACCAUCCAGGCUGCAGACAUUGACCUCAGGGCAGACUUCUAUAAGCACAUUGUUCUGUCAGGAGGGACCACCAUGUACCCUGGUCUUCCAUCCAGAUUAGAAAGAGAGAUCAAGCAGCUCUACCUGGAGAGGGUGCUGGAUGGAGACACUCAGAAAUUAUCUAAGUUUAAGAUUCGCAUCGAGGACCCUCCCCGGCGUAAACACAUGGUGUUCCUUGGCGGCGCUGUGCUCGCCAACAUCAUGAAAGACAAGGACUCCUUCUGGCUGAGCAGGGCGGAGUACCAGGAGAAAGGCCUGGGAGUGCUGCAGAAACUCGGAGGUGGAGUCAGAUAAAAGCAAAGCUUAUAAGGAAAAUGUCACCCAGAUAUCUCAAUUUUUAUAUUAAGUUCUCACUUCUAACAGUCUUGCAUGCUGGAUGAAAACAUUUGUAUCCCAUCCUUCAUCCCUGCAUUAAUCAUUUAGUUGAUUGACAGAAAAUCAACAAGAGUUUUGAUAACUGAUUAACUUUUUAAGUCAUAUAUGAAGC